UACACGAAUACGCUUAUUUUGUGUCCGAUUUGUGUCGUGUUAGUGGAUAAUUUUUGUCCGCUCUACGAAUCUACUAUGGAAAUACUUGUUGCUUUCUUUUUCGGGUACUUUUCCGGUAAAAAAACCAAAUCUUUCCUAAAGCGAUAGAAGGAAAACCCAAAACUCCAUGAAAAACAAGCGAACACACAAAAAAUUAUACUCAUCUUCAACCUCAAUCUUCUGCAACUUAUACUACAAGGCUGCAACUGUACGCACAGAUUUUCAUUACUCCAAAUUCUAACCCUUUUCUCUGUUUUUUUUUUUUUUUUUUUCAGUUUCUUCAAAAGUGUGGGAAUUUUCUGUAAAUUAUGUCACCAAAAUCCCUAACAUCUCGUAAUUCGAUUGAUUCAUGUUUGUUCCAACUCAAUACAUGGAAACCCUUCAACAAUUACACAAACCCUAAUUCAAAUCCCAAAACCCUAGAUUCCGAUCCCUACAUUUCUGCAAACCCCAAUUCCAACUCGAACCCUAAUCACAAGAAGACAUCUGGGCUUCACCCUAAGCGUCCUUGUUUAUCUGACCGAGCUACUUCUUUGUUUUCACUUUCUAUUGACUCCAUUGAUUUCUCCAAGCUCAGCCUAUUCGACGAUGGCGGUGAUAAGUCCCGUAAUUAUAACAGGAAGGAUAAGUUCCGGUGGAUGGCGAAGAAGCGACGCCGCCGAGGCGGGUCACGUUCUGUUUCUGGGAGGAGUAGUGAUAUUAGUGGGACCCGCAAUGGGAGGUGCUGCUCAGUGGGGGCAACGGCAACGGCUACUUGCUCGGACUUUAUGGUGGCGGCCGGCGGGACGGAUUCCAGUGGUGAGUUGUUUGUGAAUGGUGGUGGAAUUGGAAAUGGGAACGGAAAUGGAUGGGCUUCUGAUGUGAGUGAGGCUAGGAGAGAGAGGGGGAGUGGAGUUGGGGAGAGGGAGAGUUUGAAUUUGGGUUUCGGGUUUGAUGCUCAGGGGAGCGAAUCCGGGUACGGGAGUGAGCCCGGUUAUCGUGGGGAUGCCGAGUUUGGGUAUGGCGAUGAGGUUGAUGACGAGGAUGAUGAUACCAGGUUGUUGCUGUGGGGUGACAGAUUUGGAGGUACCAAGAUAGAGACUGUAGGGGAGAACACAUUCUCAGAGCAGAAAUCCCAUCACAGAGGUCGCAGAAAGAAGCAGGACUGGAGAAUGAUGGCUUCUGUGAGAUGAUGGUUCAACCCCUUCUUUAAGUAGCGUGCGUAAUCCCUGAAUUUGUUUGAGCUCGAUUUUUACUACUGUUCACCAACACAAUAGAAAGCUAUAGCUUGGCAACCCUGUACGUUUACAUGCGCUAUCGCCUUAUUGGUAUUGGAAGUUUUUUUUGGCAAUCUUCCAUGUAAAAUGAUACACGAGGGUGUUCCGGAAGCCACAUUGUAAAUUUAUCAACUCUUACUCCGUAACUUUUGUUGAGCUUGUGUGAAAAAGGGGUCAGGGGUAGAUUGCUGAUUUAAGCCUGUAAUAUUUUUUUACUGAUUAUUUGUUUCGAUAUCUUGGGGAAACAACUUUGUAACAUAUCAUGUGAACAGCUGAACACUGAGUAAAAAUUGCCUUCAUAGGCAGGAAAUUUAUCUGUGCUA